AUGUCAGAUAACGUAGGACUUCCGACACCGCGCGGCAGCGGUACAUCCGGCUAUGUGCAGCGCAAUCUGGCCCACCUGCGCCCGCGCGAGCCCAUCAAACCUCGCGACCCCGAAAGCUACCGCCACAAGCCGCGCAAGCCCGACCCAGGCCUGCUAGAGCACGAUCGCAAGCGCGAAGUCGAGGUGAAGGUGUUUGAGUUGCGCGACAAGCUUGAGGAGGAGGGAGUCGACGAAGAAGAAAUCGAAUCCCGCUGCUCCGAGCUCCGCCAGAAGCUCCUAGCCGAGAUGGAGCGCAACAAGGACGCGCUACCUGCCCAGCGUAAAACUUUCAAGGCACAUCAGGUCCACGAGGCGGCCGAUGCCAAGCUCAAGGAGAGCGAACGCCUGCGCCAGGCGCUCAAGAUCAGUAAGGAUUAUGAAGAGGGAAGCCACUGGCGCCGGCAAGAAGAGCGGAAGAAGCCACUGGAGAGGGGGGACCUUCCGCCUGGGGUUGCCGAUCGCGAGAAGGAGAGGGAAAGGGGUAGGGAGAGGGGCAGAGAUGGGGACAGGAAUGGGGAUAGGUAUAGGCAGAGAGAUGAUGAUCGGUAUCAGCCGGAGCCGGAGCCGGAGCAGAAGCAGGAGCAGAAGCAGAAGCUGGAGCAGAAGUCCAGCGCGUGGGCGGGAUCGGUAUAG